CAACUCCCCGCCGAGCUGGCCGGGAGGUGAGGGCAGAGGCUCGAAGGAGAAAGGCCGACAGUCACUGCACUCACUUGUUUCAGCGGCUUCGUUCUCUCUACACCCACAACCCCAUCCGGGUGGAACACCGGUAUCCGUAUCCGAAUGGAAGAGGAACUGGGCUCAAAAGGCACUCGACCUGUGAAAACCACGCCUAUGCAGCCACACAAUUGGUCCGAAAGCGUCAAAGAGCCAAUCAACAAGCCUCGGGCUCCCGCAGCCCACAGCGCAGCUCGACCGUCCAGAGCCGCCGAGCAGACGCCCGGGGAAUUCUAGAGGCGGAGGAGGGUGGCGAGGUGCUCGCUCACUCUCUUUCUCUCUCCCUCCCUCUACUCGCCUACUCCAGCUCCCAAUCACUCCCGUCUCUUCCUCCUUUCCUGUUUUGUUUUGUUUUAUUUUUUUUCACCCGUUUUCUCGAUCCUCCCUCGCCCUGCGCUCCCGGACGCUGAUUUUUUUUUCUAAUUUAUUAUUUUUAGGAAAGCGAUUUCGCUCACGUUUUUUUAGCACAAGGAAGACAGCGGAGUCCCCGAGGUAGAAGAUCGCAGGCACCAUUUGGAUCGCCACCCAGACACUGCGCGCAGCUUGGAGCCAGAGAGAAGAGUGGGAGCGCGAACCGAAGCCAGCUUCGCAGUUACGAGUUUUGAUAACGUCGCUGGAAAGGGGCUUAAAUCAGUUUUUUUUUUAAAGGAGAGACUUUUCCUCCCCCCUUGAUCUCGCCCCCAGUGAAAGCAAGAAUCUUUCUAGCUCAUCUAAGACGCCUCCUGCGAGAAAGCCAGAGAAGAGCUAGGGGGCGGGGGAAGGAGACGAAAAAAGGUUAAAAAAAAAAAAAAAGUCUCGGAGAACCUUGCGCUUUGGCAACAAAGAGCGUGGGAGCCGGGGAGCCACCCCGGGAAAGGCUGUGUGUCUAUUUCCAGCUAAGCCACAGGGCUCGGGCGCCAGUCGAGCCCCUGCUUGUGGCUCGCCCUACUGAAACCGACUUCCAGGAGCGGCUUUUCAAACAUACUCCACGCACCAGGACAGCCCUGCAGCGGCUAUGUCUCCCGAACUGUCGCCGUACCCUCUUUAAAAGCCGCAUUCUCUUCCCUCAAAGAUACUUUCCCCUUCCCUUUCAAAGGCUUUAAUUGUAAUUUGCUCCUCUUUUUAUUUUAAAGCAAAACUAUGCGUUGCUAUUGAAUUUUUUUUAUUGUUUUUGAAAAGUAAAAACAAAAGCAGAGCCAAGCCAGCAGCCGCGGACUGGUUCCCUGUCUGGAGUGGAUGAGCCUCUCCAUGAGAGAUCCGGUUAUCCCUGGGACAAGCAUGGCCUAUCAUCCGUUCCUACCUCACCGGGCGCCAGACUUCGCCAUGAGUGCGGUACUGGGUCACCAGCCGCCUUUCUUCCCCGCGCUAACGCUGCCUCCCAACGGCGCCGCGGCGCUCUCCCUGCCCGGAGCCCUGGCCAAGCCCAUCAUGGAUCAGUUGGUGGGGGCUGCUGAGACCGGCAUUCCUUUCUCAUCCUUGGGACCCCAGGCUCACCUGAGGCCUCUGAAGACCAUGGAACCCGAGGAGGACGUGGAAGACGACCCCAAGGUGCACCUGGAGGCCAAGGAACUUUGGGACCAGUUUCACAAGCGGGGUACAGAGAUGGUCAUUACGAAGUCGGGAAGGCGAAUGUUCCCUCCAUUUAAAGUGAGGUGCUCUGGGCUGGAUAAAAAGGCCAAGUAUAUUUUAUUGAUGGACAUUAUAGCUGCUGACGACUGUCGAUACAAAUUUCACAAUUCUCGGUGGAUGGUGGCCGGUAAGGCAGACCCCGAAAUGCCCAAGAGAAUGUACAUACACCCGGACAGCCCCGCUACGGGGGAGCAGUGGAUGUCCAAAGUCGUCACCUUCCACAAACUGAAACUCACCAACAACAUAUCGGAUAAACACGGAUUUACCAUACUCAACUCUAUGCAUAAGUACCAGCCCCGGUUCCAUAUCGUCAGAGCCAAUGACAUCUUAAAACUGCCUUACAGUACAUUUCGCACAUACCUGUUCCCGGAAACGGAAUUCAUUGCCGUGACUGCCUACCAAAAUGACAAGAUAACUCAGUUAAAAAUAGACAACAACCCUUUUGCAAAAGGUUUUCGGGACACUGGGAACGGCAGGAGAGAAAAAAGAAAGCAGCUCACCUUGCAGUCUAUGAGGGUGUUCGAUGAGAGACACAAGAAGGAAACAGGGACCUCAGACGAGUCCUCCAGCGAGCAGGCAGCCUUCAACUGCUUCGCCCAGGCCUCCUCUCCGGCUGUGUCCACUGUGGGGACAUCCAACCUCAAAGAUCUGUGCCCCAGCGAAGCCGAAAGUGACGCCGAGGCUGAAAGCAAGGAGGAGCACGGCCCUGAGGCCUGUGACGCCGCGAAGAUUUCCACCACCACCGCCGAGGAGCCAGGCCGAGACAAGGGCAGCCCAGCCACCAGGGCUCAGCUGUUCCCCGCGGAACCCGGCCGAGCCCGAGACACCGCGCGCCUGGACAAGGCAUCGCCGGAUUCGCGCCACAGCCCGGCCACCAUCUCAUCCAGCACGCGCGUCCCGGGAGCCGAGGAGCGCAGGAGCCCCGGACGCGAGGGUCCAGGUGCCACUAAGGUGGAUGAGGUUCGCUCGCUGCCCGCCAAGGACGCCUUCGCGCCACUGUCAGUGCAGACGGACGCGGCCGCGCACCUGGCGCAGGGGCCCCUUCCAGGUUUGGGCUUCGCCCCAGGCCUAGCCGGCCAGCAGUUCUUCAAUGGGCACCCUCUCUUCUUGCACCCCGGCCAGUUCGCCAUGGGCAGCGCCUUCUCCAGUAUGGCUGCAGGCAUGGGGCCCCUGCUGGCCACAGUAUCCGGGGCAUCCACUGGCGUCUCAGGCCUGGAUUCCACAGCCAUGGCCUCGGCUGCCGCAGCGCAGGGACUGUCCGGGGCGUCGGCUGCCACCCUGCCCUUCCACCUUCAACAACACGUUCUGGCCUCCCAGGGCUUGGCUAUGUCGCCUUUUGGGAGCCUGUUCCCUUACCCCUACACAUACAUGGCUGCUGCAGCUGCAGCUUCCUCAGCAGCGGCCUCCAGCUCCGUGCACCGCCACCCGUUCCUCAACUUGAACAGCAUGCGCCCCAGGCUACGUUACAGUCCAUAUUCCAUCCCUGUUCCAGUGCCUGAUAGCAGCAGCUUGCUGGCCACUGCGUUGCCCUCCAUGGCUUCGGCCGCGGGGCCCCUAGACGGCAAGGCAGCCGCCCUGGCGGCCAGCCCGGCCUCGAUGGCCGUGGAUUCGGGUUCGGAACUGAACAGCCGCUCUUCCACGCUGUCCUCCAGCUCAGUGUCCUUGUCACCCAAACUCUGCUCAGAGAAAGAGGCGGCUACCAGUGAACUGCAGAGCAUCCAGCGGCUGGUCAGUGGCUUGGAAGCCAAGCCGGACAGGUCCUGCAGUGGGUCCCCUUAAAAACAAACAAAAACAAAACAAAAAACAAAACCGCUCCCCCAAAGGUCUCUCCAUUCCAGUUCGGUCAAAUCUGCCAGUGCACUUUGUUGGAUGUAAAAUAAACCACAGACCUUCCACUGGGGUGAUUCCCCAUCCUUCAGUUUUGUCUGGGAAGGAACACCAGGCUCCCUCCAGAGAAUGCGCUCUAGAGACCACAGGCCUUGUCUUGCGCUGUGGAAGCAGGCUGCUGUUGCUUUGAGACGCGGGGGUGGGGGUGGGGGAAAACUGGCUUUUGUGUCUAGAGCGACUUCAGUGGAGGCUGGUGUGAAAGUUGGGGCUGAAGAACGAGGUAGCCAAGGCCGGCCUGCCCUGUUUGAGAGACUACACCCAAAUCUCUUUCCCCUUCGUGUGUCAAGCGGAAACAAUAAUUUAUCCCUAAACAAACUAACAAACAAGCCCAAACCGGGGACAGAUCAAGCCCCAUGGAACUGUCUAUGAAGACUUAAAUUGCUGAGUACCUUUACUGGGGAAGGGAGAAGCCCUUGCCUGGUCUAUGUUAAAAGAAUCCUGUGUCUUUUUAAUAUCCUGAGGUUUUAAAGGAGGGAUACCCGUCCUUUUUUGUUUGUUUGUUUGUUUUUGCAUGUUAGAAUUUUCUGGGUUUUACUUGUUGAUGGUUCUUUGGCUUUUACAGAAAAACAACAAAACCCUGCCAUCCUCAACCCUGCUCAAACUGGCAGCCCCGAGGAAGUAGGGGUGGAGUGGGGUAAAGGGAAGCAAUGGGGUUGGAAUCCACUGAGUUUAUUUUAUCUGUUUUAUCUAAGCGCUGUAGAGGGCUUCGUGUGCCCGUCCGACCAUUAGUUCUCUCAACUGUAUAUGCAAUAACAAGGUUUUAAAAGAAAUAAUAAAGAGGAAACACGACUAUUGGACAAAGUAUUUAUGUAAUUAUUUGAUAUCUCUUGUAAAUAGGUGGAAUUAUGACCGCUCAGAAAGUUAAACUUUAAUUUAUUGACUUGUACAUAGCUGGAUGUAAAUAGAAGUGUGUCUGUCAGGUUUUAUUCUUGUUUUGCCUUUUGCAUUUUUUUUCCAGGUCAGGAGAUGACUAAUUCACAGUAACGAGCUUAGGCUUCUGGACCUCCAUCUAAUGCUUUCAAAUAGAGCUGGCUGCAAUUUUAAUUGUCAGAGAGCUGGUGGCGGGGGUGGGGUGGGGUGGGGAGGUUGGGAAUACUAUUUCCUAUUUUCACCAAAAUUGGGGAGGUAUUGGCCCUUUCCCUAAGCUCUGACACCCUGGGAGGGAUUGAGAUUGUCAUGGGAGCAGAGGCUGCCAUAACCUUCCUAAUUCUUCGUCCUCAUUUGUCUCUGGUAUCUUCUAACCCAAGUGAGGUUUUCUUGCCAUUGUUCAUCUAGAUGGUGUUUUGGAUUGGUGUACAGAGAGGGACUCAUUCAAAAACAACCAUGAAAGGCAAAACAAAAUAACAAAAAAUCUUUUAAAAAAAAUCCAUGAAGGCAUAUUUUGUGUUUAGUACUUGAGUUUUCUGUAAUUCUCCUCCUUAAAAACAUCAGUGAAAUUUCAAUAAAUUUUUAUUGAAAUGA